AUGCAGUUUAUACAUCAGGAUGAACUGGAUUGUUCUAAUACUUCGAAAUCUGAUAAAAAAAGUCAGAUAUCUAGUUUUUCUGAUGAAGACGAUGCCAAGCAUUUAAAUGAAAUCGGCAAAACUAACUCAAUUCAUAAUAAUAAUAUUCGAAUUGGUGCUAAAGUUGAACAUCUGGAUAGAGAAUAUGACAUAAAUAGACAAGAAAACUCUUCAAAAAAACUAUGUUCUAGCAAAUAUCUGGUCAAUAAUUAUGAGAAAGCUUGUUCUGAUUUAAAUCAAUAUGAGUUGAUGGAAACAACACCAGUGGGGUCUGUUAAUUUAAACUCUGUUUCAACGGCUUCAAAGUCUUUGAGAGAAGUCUAUGUUGGUAACUUACCACAAGGUUUGACAGUUACAGAACUAUUAGAAUACAUAAACCGUUCAAUGACUAACAAUAAUGUAUCGCCCAUUACUGGAAAUCCGGUAAUAUCUGCAUGGAUUAAUUCCGAUGGUAAAUAUGCAUUUUGCGAAUGUAGGUCAAUAGAAGAAGCAAAUAUUUUGUUAAAACUUAAUAAUUUACUUAGCUUCAAGGGGAAUUUGCUUAGAAUUGGAAAACCUAAAGUUAGUGAAAAUAAUAUUGGCGAUCAGUUGUCAAACAGCUCUGCUAUAAUUAACCAAAUUAUACAAAAUACAACAAUUAUAUCUUCAUAUUUUAAUAAUAUUCCUCUGAUUUUUAAAAAAAAGGAAACUAUUUUAAUUACUGGAAUAAAUAAGGCAUUUACUAUAGAACGUGUUAAAGAAAUUUUUGCUGAUAAUAAAAAGAUUGAAGUACUUGAACUAAUUGAUUACCGUAAUAAAUAUAAAAUUGCUAUUUGUGAAUUAGAUUCCAAUACAAAUUUAGCUGAUAGAAUUAUAAGCAAACUUGGGACAGAAGCUCAAAUUUUAAAAAUGAAAAAUUUUAAUUCAAAAAUUCUUUAUACUAUUAACGAUUAUCUUAAAAGUAUGGUAAAUGGAAUCAAAGAAAACAAUGAGCUAUUAUUAAAGUCAGAAAUAUUUAAACACUGCCAAAAUAAAGGUUUAAAAUCUUUGCUAAUUCCUCAAAAACCUUGUCGUUGUAUUUUACUUUCAAAGAUUCUCACAGUUGAAGAACUAUUAAUUCCUAGUGUAUAUUCUUCUGUAUAUGAAGAGAUUCACAAAAAAUGCCUAAAGUAUGGAGAUAUAUAUAAAACCACCAUUCCAAAGCCAGAAAAAACGCCUUCUAGUAAGGAUCAAUGCAUCGACCCUUAUUUUGGAAGAGCAUUUAUUUUUUUUUUUAGUGUUGAAAGUGCAAUAAGGGCUAAGGUAGAUUUAUUUAAAAUGAGGUUUCUUGGAAGAAAUAUAAAAAUAACUUAUUAUUGCGAGCAUGAAUUUCUUAAAGGUAAUUUGAUUUCCUGUGAACCCAAUAGGUGUGAUCCUAUCGAUGACAAAGAAUUUUCGAAGAUUAUAAAUCUUAUUUAA